AACAUCAUAGUGACGAAAUACUACGGGUACCGGAAAGCCAAAGGCAUCCUCCCAUUUAACAUGGUGAUGGGAAUAAUAAAAGACGCAAUAGCGAAAAAUCUCAGGCACCCCAAAAGUGGACCAGUUGGCUGGUUCGUCAGCAAAUACGUUUUUGAAGACAAAAAUAGAUACUUGGAGAAAAACGCUGUCGACGUGUGUAAAAUCUCUAAAGAUGAUAUUGUUCUUGAGGUGGGAUUUGGUCCGGGAAUAGGACUCAAAGAGGCGCACAUGAAAAUAAAAGAUGGCAAGGGCAAGGUCUACGGUGUUGAGAUUUCUCAAGCAAUGUUAAAAAAGGCGAGUCAUUCACUCCAGACCGAGAUAAAAGCAGGGAAAGUUGAACUUAUAUUGGCAGAUGUAGCAAAACUUCCUUUCAAAUCCGACAUGUUUGAUCACGUGUUUCAUUGUAAUUGUUACUAUUUUUGGGAUGACCAGGUUGCAUGUGCUCGAGAAUUAUACAGAGUAAUGAAACAAAAUGCAAACGUGAUAGCUGUAAUGAACGAACAGGGUCUAAAAGUGGCAGAACAAGUGGGAGUCUUGAAAUACGGAAACACAGACCCAUUUAAAUAUAUGGACUCUUUAAAGAAAGCUGGAUUUCAUGAUAUAGAAUUCAAGAAACUGAAGAGUGCAAGGGGACAUCCAUUUAGUGCAAUUUUUGCCAAAAAAUGAUUAAUUUGCAUACUGGAAGCUGUGUGUCCAUGACAUGAGACUUUUUCUUCAUAUUAUAUUCAGGAGACGCUAAAUUGAAUGUUUAUAUGAGUUUUCUUCAUACAGUGUAUUUGUGUAGUGAUUAACAAGACUGACUAAGUCUUACUUUGACACUUUAUUUUUAAUACAAAGUUUGUUAUAUAAAGCCUUUCACUGUUUAUUUAGUAUGAGAUCUAUAUAUGAGAUCUUUAUGAAUACCAUGUAUCUUUAUUAGGCAUGGGAAAAAAGUCCCUCCUUCUGCAUGUGUUUGACAACUAAGCUCAGUUGGUCGGGUAUUGUCAUGUUGGCCAAGUGGGAAAAUGAAACUUAAACAGUCA